GCCCAGACUGCUUGGAAUACGUUUUGGGCGUCCAACGUGGCCAUGGAUUUGCGGGGCAAGCGGGCGGUGGUCACUGGCGCCUCCGCUGGCAUCGGGCGCGAGCUUUCGCUGCAGCUCGCGGACCGGGGCGUGGCCAAGGUGGCGCUGCUGGCGCGGCGCACGGACUUGCUGCAGGAGGUGGCGGCCGAGUGCUCCGCCAAGGGCGCCAAGGCUCUGGCGGUGCGCUGCGACGUCACGGACCGCAGCUCCUGCGAGGCCGCGGCCAGGGAGGUGCUGGCAGACCUCCAGCAGGUGGACGUUCUCAUUUUGAACGCUGGCAUGAGCAUGGGCUGCUACUUCGAGGAUAUCAAGGACAUGUCCGACGGUGAGAAGUUGAUGAACCUCAACGUCAUGGGCGUGGCCAACGUGCUCCACUACUUCCUUGCCUCGAUGCCCAAAGUCCGCGACUCGCGGAUCGUGGUGGUCAGCUCGGUCUCGGGGGUGGUCGGGGUGCCCUUCCGGACCUUUUACUGCGCCUCCAAGUGGGCGCUCCACGGCUUCUGCGCGGCGCUCCGCGCCGAGUUUCUGGAGGCCUAUGGGCCGGACAAAGCGCCCAAGGUGGUAGUGACCUGCCCCCCGGAAGUGGGCACUAGCCUUAACACCAACCGCCUGAAGUUCGGCAACGAGGAAACGGCGCAGUUUGACCAGAAAGCCGCCCUGCCUGUGCCAGUGGCUGCGCAAAUGAUCUUGGACGGAACUGUGAAAGGGGACCGGCACCACUUCUUCGCGAAGUUCUGGAGCUGGAUUCACACGUUUUACCCGUGUUGCCCCGCCCGCAUUGAGGACCUGAUAGUGAAGGGUGUGAGGAAGUCACACAAGGCCCCACGAUACGGAAAUAUGUAGGGCUGACCGCUCACGACGUGAGGUCACGUGUUCGACACGUUGCAUGUGCCGGCGUCCUCGACGUGUGCCUUGCAUGAAGCGGUAUGAGCGAU